CGCUACGCGCUCUGCUUACGGGCGGCCAUUUUACCUUCGGGCAGAGUAGGGCGGCCGGCGGCCGCCAUUUUGGAUAGGGGAGAAGAAGCUCGUGCUUGGCUGCCAUCUUGCUUGGGGGCAGAGGAGCCGUUAGAACCCUUGGAGGCAGGCUCAGCGUGGGGAGGAGGCCUACAUGUGGUAAAGGUGCCCAAAGAUACCGGCAGCCUGUGCAUGGUUCGCAGCUGUUGUGUUAGGAGCCGCUGUACCUUCAAGCGGGCAUGUGUGGCAGUUUUCAGUUCCUCAUUCCCACUGUGUUCCAAAUUCCCUCACCACAGGAAGCUGCUGCCUUGCUGAGGACCAGCUUCCACUGACCUGUCAUGGCAUCCAACAAAUUUGUCAUUAAGUGUGGGAACUUUGCAGUUUUGGUGGAUGUUCAUAUUUUGCCUCAAGGCUCCAGUAAAGACACCAGCUGGUUUUCAGAUCAUGAGAAAGAGGAGGUCUGCAUGCUGCUAGAAGAAGUUGUGGCUUCAAGAGUCAAACACUACUUGGAAGCACCUAAACAGAGAGGUCAAGGGAAAUCAACAGAACGUGCACCAUCUGGCCCUUUGUUUCUUACCACCAACAGUUUUCACAUUACUGCCUACUUUAUGAAGAGAUGGGUUAAUCUCCGUUGUGCUGUAGGGAAACAUUAUCGUGAGCUACGUGUGUUUCCAGACAGGCUUAUAGUUUGUGUCAGUAAACUGGAAUCUAAUCCAAGUGCCUGGACAUAUGAAAAUGGCAUAUUGAAAGAAGAUGUUGCCAGUGGAACGUCUAGAUAUUUUACUGAACCUGCUGAGAACAAUGAGCGCAAAAUUAACCUGAAUGACCAAACAAAGCAAGACAUAUUGAAAGAAAUUGUGAAAAGGACAAAAACAAGGAAAAGGAGCACAAGCAAACCUCAGAUCAGUAAGGACUCUGAGAACGUGUAUCCUGGCUCAGUGGACUUGCAGACAGGGAACGGAAAGAGCAACUGUCAAACUUCUCUCAGUCCUCAAUCUGAAGUGAAAUUCUGCCGUGCAGGACUGCUGAAGAACUGCAUAAAUACAGCUGAGAGCAACUUGGAGCUUCCUGUUUUAGAGCUGGAAAAUUAUGUUAAUCAGAGACAGCCAGAUGGUGUUAGCAGCCAGCAAAAACCUCACUCUGUGGAGUUGUUGAAGUUGAGUCUUCUAAGCGAGAACCCUUCUUGUAGCUCUGAGUCAGCACUGCUAAGUCCAAAACAAAGUCAAAAAGUGACCAAAACACAGGCUCAACAAGAGCGCUGUGGUUCAGAAGAAAAGUUAGAGCAUUUCAAAGAAGUAUCCUCUGAAGGGACUCCUUUCAUUCCUAGCCAUGCAGAAACAACCAAGUGUGGUGAUAACUGUUUAGGUCCGUUCCCGGAGGAGAAGACCCCACUUAAUUCCACAUUAUUUUCUAAACAAGACACGACAAAGAUUGCAUCUGAUGAGGAGUCACUAACUUUGAGAAAAAACCUCUCCCGGCCUCUUUCUGUGAGGAACAGUGUAGUGCAGACAAACCAAAAUGGCCCAAGCACAACCACCAAAGAACUGCCAGUGAAGCCAUCAUCUUGUUUACAACAGCAGCACGUGUCUUCAGAGAAGCUUAUCCAAAAAAGAAAAAGAGAAGUUGAAAAUGGUCUCAGCAAGUUAAAACUGCGAAGGCAUAAGAAAUCAUAAAGUCUGAAAUAUUACCCUGAUGGCAUGGGUGGACAGCCAAAUUUGUGUUGGGAAAACAUAUGCAAGAAGUAGGAAGCAAUACAAAAUAAUGAAAACUAAUAAAAAUACAAAGCCAAAAUUAGAUAAUACUUUUUAAGAAGAUUUAUUUAACUAAGUAUCUUCGUAAUUUGGAACUGUAAUGAAGGUAAUUCUGUUAACCCUUUAGGAAUUAGACAUUAAUAUUGUACAAACUAGUGUGGUAUUUAUAGAAAGAAAAAUCUCUUAUAAAAUAAUAUUUACUUAGAAAAUUUUA